GGAAGAUGAAGGCUCUCUCCCACCAUGCAAAUGGCUGAUGCACGGAAGUAUCGGUUGAGUGUGUGACUCUUCGGACACCGCAUUGACUGCCCAGGGGGUCAGCCUCAGCCGACUGCCAGUCUGCCAGCCUGCCUCGGUCUAGGAGGGAUUAGACACUGCUAACUACACUCUUACUUCCCAUCAAUGCAACUUCCCCCCCCCUCUGGCCGUCCAGAUAUCAGCCUGUGCGUAGUGGUCUGUCUGAGUGGGAAUCACUCAUUCUUGACUACUAUUUCAGUUUACGCCCAACCUCAUUACUAUCCAUACCUUUCCAUUGCAAAAACCCCUGGCGUACUCGGUCAGAUCGUCACCAGAACCCCGUGUCGCUCCCGUCUUGUGCAGCCCUCAACCACUACCCCGCGGGACCUCGAGGCAGCCAAGACCAGCAGUCUUUUGCCUUGUGACGAUUUAACAAGAUGACUGCGGAAGAGAGCAGCUCUGCCCUAAAUGGAGAUGAAAGCCUCCACAACGACCACCCGGACGACACUAGCGAGACCUCAGCUCUUGAAUCAAGCGCCUCACAGGCUCCUGACGAACUCGCAGCCGAGCUCGACUAUUUUCGAGGUCUUCUUGAACGGAUUAUGAGGAUUGUCCGCAGUGGAGAUCCGGCGCGUGUUGCUCACUUGAUCUCCAUGAUUCGUUCCAACCCCUCUAAUACCGACAUCUACGCUCUGCUGAACAAUGAUCCUGCCACCAAUGAUAUCCCCGACGAUGAACAUGACGAAGGCCCCAUAGAAGAGAGCAAUUAGAGUGACAGCCGAGUCAUGCCUCCCAUGAAGUCAAAGUUGUGUUCGCAGAGUCGUGAUUAACUUUAUGAGUCAUGAGACACUUUCUCUUCGGCGACCCCUGGUUGACUGUAGGAUGCACGCAUGGGAAGGAGAAUGGUUGGGUGAAAUACUCUGUCACUUAGAAGUUGGUUUAGUCGACCACUAAGAAGAGAGGAUCACCCGUCCUGUUCCUUGGAAAUUAUUCCAGAUGAAGUUGCGGCUUACAGUACAAGCGCACUAUUUCAUUCCCCGAGGAUGUGGCCUAGGCGAUACCCAUGAGGACGUUGUGGCUU